AUGGUCAGCAACGUGAGUGCUGUCAUGUACGUCAGCGGUGGUGAGCACUACUUCAAGGACAACGUCACGUCCGUCCUUGACCCUGUGGGUGGGGUCAGGCCUGGCAAUGGAACAAUCUACGACUCGCUCACGUUCGAGAACCCUCUGAACCACCCGUGGGUCAAGUUCAUGUUUAUCCUUCUCUUCUGUCUGGUUUUCGUCGUCUGCGGCGUAGGUAACAGUCUGGUGCUGUAUACAAUAGCACGCAACAAGCGCAUGCGCACUCACACCAACUUCUUCCUGGCCAAUUUGGCAGUGGCGGACCUCAGUGUGGGCCUGGUGUGUAUCCUGCCCAAACUGAUACAGUACCUGUCGCUAAGCUGGUUCCUGGGGCAGGCCAUGUGCAAAAUCUACUACUUCGCUCACAGUCUCACCUACACGGCAUCCAUCUUGCUACUGACGGCCAUCGCCAUUGAGAGGUACAUCGCUGUGCUAUACCCGCUGAGGUCCAAGUGCUUGGUCACACAGUCCAGGCUGGUUCUUGCACAGGUCUUCAUCUGGGUGCUGUCGUUCGCCUACAAUUGUCCUGAGCUGUCCAUGUUCAACUUGUUCACCAUCACCAUCAACAACGAGACGACCGUCUUCUGUUUUCCCACCAACCCCUACACCAACAUGCGGAACUACUACACCACCAACUUCCUUCUCUGGUACAUCCUGCCCCUCACCAUCAUGGUAUCGAUGUACACCCGAGUGGCCAUCACCCUUUGGAAGUCCAGCAAGUUGUCCAGCCACAGCACACAAGGUUUCCAGAUGCGCUCAAUAUCACAGAGAGACACACGGACACUUCAGGAGACCGUUGUAUGCUACGAUGGUUCCCUGACAGACGAGUCUCACAGACCCUCGCAGCACUCCCCGGUGUUGGCCGACGCCACCAAACAGACCCGGAACAACAACAACGCCAAAGUCUUCACCAGCUGCCUUCGUGCCGGCUCCAGCCCACGACACGAGCCGGAAAAAUCCGGCAUCCUGGAAGACGAGGGUGCGACCUGCACCACCCCGACGGAGAAGUUCUCCUGUAGGAGCAGCUGGUCAAGCCGGAGCAGGUCAAGCCGGAGCAGGUCCCAGCCCUGCCAGUUCCCGCGCCGGUACAUCGCGUGCGACUUCACGUCAGAGGCUGACGUCACGUCAUCUGAGGAAUACGACAUGAUCAGCAAAGACGGCAGCACGCGACCUCGCGUGCAGUGUCGCGUGUACCAGGUCAGCUCCCACCGUGUGCUGAAUUCCCGGAGACGCGUCAUCAAGCUAUUAAUAGUAAUCCUGCUGACGUUUGCCGUGUGCGUGCUGCCGUACCACCUGAAGCUGCUGCUGCUACACUGGGAGAUCUACCCCACAGACAGCUCCAACAUGGACUUCAUGAGCCCGCUAGCCUUCAUCAUGCUGUACGUCAACUCAGCCGUCAACCCCGUCCUCUACUGGGUCUUUUCUGACACUUUUCGACGGAGUUUCCGCGACAGUUGCAGGCGGAACUGUGUCCGUUCUUGUUGUGCUAAAUAA